AUGGCGGGUAACAGUGUGAUUUGCCAGCUAGCCGACGCAGAGGGCAAGUUGGCCGGCAACCCCGUGGACAUUCCGCAAGACGCGGGGCCUAGGAAAUUGACGGCGCUACUUAACGCCAUCCUUAACAAUGUACGUGCUGGUGCAUGGGAGGAUUCCGCGCAUCGCGGAUCCCUCGCGUCAAGCAUUCCGUGCGUCACGCAGCCGCGUCAGUCCGAGGAGAGGCUACCAUACGCGUUCUAUAUCGACGACAGGGAGGUCUCAGAGCCGCUAGGGGAGCACCUCAGAGAACACAAAGUGUCGGUGGAGAAGGUGUUGUCCAUAGUGUACCAGCCACAGGCCGUGUUCCGAAUCCGAUCCGUCACUCGCUGCUCCGCCACCAUCCCAGGUCACACAGAGGCGGUGCUAGCAGUGGCGUUCUCCCCGGACAGCAAGCAGCUGGCGAGCGGGUCAGGCGACACAACAGUGCGGUUCUGGGAUGUGGACACGCAGACGCCGCUCAAGACGCGCGCCGGGCACAAGAACUGGGUGCUGUCGCUGGCGUGGUCGCCCGAUGCCAAGUGGCUGGCCACGGGCGGCAUGGACGCGCACGUGCUGCUGUGGGAGUCGCCUGCUGGGGCGAAAGACCCCGUUGCUCUCAAGGGCCACCGCAAGUGGAUAACGGCCAUAGCAUGGGAGCCGGCGCACGUGGCGCUGCCGUGCCGGCGCCUGGCGAGUGCAAGCCGAGACGGGGACGUGCGCGUGUGGGAUGCCGUGCGGCGCGCCACGCUGUUCAUACUCACGGGCCACACACUGGCUGUCACCAGUCUGCGCUGGGGGGGGGAUGGCGUGAUUUACUCGGGCUCUCGGGACUGCACGGUGCGCAUGUGGAGUGCUGUCAACGGCGCUGCUCUGCAGCAGCUCAAGGGUCACGGGCACUGGGUGAACUCGCUAGCGCUGAGCACGGACUAUGCGCUGAGAACAGGCGCGUUUGACCACGGGGGAGUCAACGGCCUCCCUGCAACGGACGAGGAACGCAAGGAGAAGGCGCGAGUGCGGUACGAAGCCGUGAAAGGCGAGAGUGGCGAGAGGCUGGUGUCGGGGUCGGAUGAUUUCACCAUGGUGCUCUGGCACCCCGCUGCUGCCAUGCAGCCCAACUCCCCACUCGCUGCCGCACUUAAAGCCAAGCUCACAGGCCACCAGCAGCUAGUGAACCACGUGUGCUUCUCCCCCGAUGGCCGCUGGUUGGCAUCAGGGUCGUUCGACAAGAGCGUGAAGCUGUGGGACGGAGUCUCAGGCCGCUUCAUUGCGUCCUUUCGAGCGCACGUCAGCCCCAUCUACCAACUCUGGUGCGCUGGGGGCAUGGAGUGA